GGCGCAGCGCUAGCUGACGACGCGAGUGACGCCUGACGUGUCGGUUGUCGUCUUGUUUGACAAUUGGGUGUUGGAGUUUCUUUGAUGCAUUCGCACUAGUCUGGACUGGCAUGCGUAAUUGACGCUUGGAUUCGCUUUAAACGGGAAAAUGGAGUCACUUUACCAUCAGACCAACAUUCUCAUUCAAGAAACCCAAUCUUGUUUCGAGAGGUUAAAUAAGGCUGGUGGUGCAAAUGCCGAAGCUCUGGAGAAAGAAAUCCAACAGAGGAUUGGCACUGUAACGAGUAAUUGUGAACGACUCGAUGCUCUUGCAUUCAAAGAGCCAGUGUCGAGAAGGCAGAGUGCCAAGACAAGAGUUGACCAACUUAAGUAUGAUAACCACCACUUACAGGCUGCUCUUCGUAUGUACCAACAUCGUCAAUCUCAGCUUAGAAGAGAAGAGUCUGAAAGAGAGGAACUUUUAAGCCGAAGGUUCACUCAUAAUUCAGCAGAUGCAGACACAGUCAUCUUCAUAGACCAUUCUAUUCAGCACCAAACUGCCUUAAACAAUGCAAAUCGGGGGAUGGAUGAUAUGCUGCGGUCUGGUGCUGGGAUCUUGGAGAGCCUCCGUGACCAAAGAACCACAUUGAAGAACGCUCAAAGGCGCAUAAUAGACAUAGCCAAUACUUUAGGAUUGUCUAACACCACAAUGCGUCUGAUAGAGAAGCGGGCCCGUGAAGAUAAAUUUGUAUUACUUGGCGGAAUAUUUGUUACCCUUGUUGUUAUAUUAUUAGUUAUUAUUUAUUUAACCUGAUUUUGUCUGUUCAAAGUACAGAUUUGUUAAAUCAA